AUGGAGGAACCUACUACUAAUUUAUCUGAACUCUUAAAUCAAAAAGAAAAAGAAUAUCAAGAAAUCUGCAAGCUCCGUCUAUUGCAGCUAGAAGAUCAAUUAAAUACUAAAAAUACCUAUAUAAAGCAAUUAUUAUCCCAAAUAGAAAAAAUUCAAGAAGAUUUUAAUUAUAAUGUUCAAUUAAUUGACGAAAGAGAUACUGAGCUAAUUGAGCUCGAAUCCAAAAUCGACAUACUAAAAAAGCUUAUAAAAGAAAAAGAUACUGAUAUAAGUGAGCUAAGGGCAUAUAUUUCAAAUCUUGAAGAGAAAGUAAAAACAUCAUCUUCAAAAAACACAAAUAGAGAAAAAUCAUUGAUUUCAGAAAGAGACGAGCUUAGAGAAAAAAUAAUUGAAAUAAAAAUUAAUAAAGAAAGUGAGAUAGCAGAGCUUAAAAGUGCAUUUGAAAAAGGAUAUGCGAAGAUUAGGCAAUCUUUAGAAGAAUCUAAAGCUGAGAAAUUUAGUUUAAUUGAAAAGUAUGAGAAAAUGCUAGAAAAUCAACAGUUAGAGCACAAUAAAAUAGCUUAUGCUCUAAUUCACUCGCUCUCCUUGAGAGAACAAAAAUGUAUUGUUUGCAUAUGAAGGGGGGUUAAAUUUUUUUUAAUUUAUAUAUGAUAAAGUAAAUUUUUUUCGCAAUUUAAAAAAAUCCCAAUAUGAAAGUAAAAUUUAAUUAUUUUUGUAAAAUUUAUGAUUUAAAAUGCAAGCUGUUUAAAAUCCAAUAGAAUUAGCUAGAAAUUUCAUUAUACUAAUUAUUAAUUAUAUAUCAAAAAAAUACUUUUUAAUAAAAAUUUAUAUUAAAUGUUUUUGUUUGCUGGAGUUUUUACCCAAAAAAUAGGAUGUUUCCACUGGCUUUUUAUUCUCUAACUGGGAGUGGAGGAGUAAAUAAACCUCAAGAAAUAAAACAAGGCUUAAAAUUUAUUAAAUGAUUCUAUGUUUCUAUUAAAAAUAUAAAUAAAUUUUCAACCAAACAUUCAUCAUUUUUUUUAUAACCUAUAAAGAAUUAGAAGAAAGAAAAAUUCACAUUUCAAGCUUGAUCAAAAAUAUUGAAGAAAUUCAAAAAACUAAUUCUUCAAGAAUAACUCAAGAUAUGAAAGUUGAGCUUGAAAAUUCAUAUAGAGCUCAAAUAAAAAUUCUAGAAGAAAAAUUAGAUUCAAUGGAGAAAGAAAGCAUAAAGAAGAAAGAUAGAAUCAGACUAUUAGAAUACGAAAAUCAAGAACUAAAAGAUAUGAAUAUCAAAGACGCUAAUUUUGCUUUGCUGCAAAAAAACAAUUUAGAAAAAGAUAUUGCCAAACUAAAAUCUAUGCACAAUGAUGAGUUAAAAUAUAUAACGGAAACCCAUGAAAUUCAAAUCCAAAGAAUCACAACUUUGCACUCUAAUCAAAUUAAAAAGCUCCAGGAAAAGCUAGCUCUUGCAGAGUCAGAAUUAGAAAAAUAUUCGAUUAUUUUUGAAGAAGCCAAAUCUGCACACGAAGAUCAAGAAAAAACAUUGAAAAAUGAAAUAAAUAAUUUGAAAGAGGUAAAUGAGACUGAAAUUAAGGCUCGCGAAAAUAUAAUUUCAUUCAUUAGAAUAUAGAGAAACUCCCGGCCAGCCACUAAUGGCUUUUCAUGUCCCUUGCAUAGUAACAUCCCCUUACUUGCUAGACUAAUUGCAUAGCUUAAGGCUUUUGCUCCAUCCAGACAAGGACCUGCACCCACUAUACGGAGGUAAAGACGCUUGAUCACCAUGCGGUAAGUCGACGGGUUACCCUUCCCAAAAAUUCAAAAAGUGAAUUUUCUGGUCAGGCUUUCGAUAGAGAUGAAACUUGUAGCCCAGUGCGCAACUCCCAGCAUCGGAUUGGAAAAAUGCCCGAUUGGUCGAGCUAAAGCCCUACAACCUUGCUGGGCUAUCCCUUUCCAACUUUCCAAGUCCCCAUCCUCCUCGGGAUAAAACCUUGCCCUGAAUGUGAGCCUGCCUUCGGCUAACCCGACAUUGCGCUCUACCAGACCAAGUAAAACCGAAAACUCUCACUGAACUCUUAUCUCCUUUCAAAGGUCCCCAGUCUCCCAUCUAGCUGCAGGUGUUAAGUGUGCAAAUUGGUUCCCCACGCCAUUUUUAUGUUCGAAAAUAUAAUUUCAAAUAUCCAAGCAAAAUUGAAAAUAAGAGCAGAUGAAAUUGAGAGCUAUAAAGGGAAGAUUGAAAACUGGAAAACAAUCGCAGGACAAAGUUCUGAAGAAAUUAGGACGCUAAAAGAGGCGCUUUGGAAUGCUGAACAAAAAAUUAAAAAUUUUGAAAGUUAUCAAAAUGUUAAAGACUUAGAAAAAGAUGAGCUGCAAAAUAAGAUUCAAAAUCUAGAAGCAAAACUAGUGCUUGCAUAUUCUCAGCCGAAAAAAGAGGAGAAAGAAGAGUCAAGAUUAUGAUCAGAAGAUUUAGGCCCUGCAAGCUCUAUAGCAUCGUAUGAUAGCCAAGGCAAUCAAAUUAUAAAAGAAAAUUACCAGGCUUCACAGUCAAUUGGAUAUGAGAAAAGUGAAGGAUUUAAUUAUGAGUCUACAGGAAAUAAUCAAAUUAAAUUAAAUUAAAGAUUCUUAAGGUCUUCCAGAGAUUUUAUGCCUCCACACGCUUUCGACAACUGGACCCUUGCUGGACAGGGGUUGCAUCGGUUACCUGAGCAGUCUUCUCCCAGCUGACUCCCAAAGCCACCCACCCUAUAUGGCAGCUAUACACUAUGCUUAGUGUUAGAAUCAAAGGACCUGAGCCUUAAUUUAGGCUAUAAAGCCAUUUUUGGCGCCCGUAGUGGAGCAUUUUCGGUAAAGACAUAUUUUGUCAACACCACCAUAUUAAUUAUAAAAUAAUCAAGGUUUAACAAAGAAAAUCAAAGAGCUAGAAGAUGAAAACUCAGGCUUAAAACGCCAAAUCAAGCAGCAAGGAGGUAGCCAAAUCGCUACAAAUAAUGCAGAAAUAAAGCAAUUUAUAGAGAAGUGCCAAAGAAUGAAGGCUGAGAUAAUUAGGCUAACAAAUGAAAGAGAUCAGCUGAUACAAAUAAGCUCAGAACUCAGAUAUGAAGUGAAUAGAUUAAAAGAGAGUGCACCUGCAGCUCAGCCUCCUGUAGAAAAUGCUGCAGAUGAAGAUCACAUUUUGCUCCAAGAAGAGUUUAGAGUUGAAGAUUUUCCUAUAAACGAUGCCCAAAAUCGUGAUAUGAACUUAGAAAUUAAAGGAUUUAAUAAGCCUCUAGUAAAAGCUCCUCAGGGCAUCGAUUUUAAAACUCUUAAACCUACAAAAGUCCAUAAAUCCAAACUAUAA